AAACUUGUCUGCAACCAGCAAUAAACAGGUUUGCACUGAAGUCAGUUCCACUGCAAAUUGUGGAGGAAACUCAUUAUUUCAGUGCUUCUUGCCUGGACUUGCACCAAACAUCAUUGAAGACAGCACAAUGUAACUGACAGCUGUCAACAGGUGGUGGUGCUGUUUGUGGUGUUCCUCAUCCACAUUGGGAGUAACUGAUUUGGUUUGGAGACAAUCAAACGACGAUGGAUUUGAAGUGGAGUACAGUUUGGUUUCAAGAGCUGUGCAGGUUCAUCCCCUAUCUGCUGAGCGUCUGUAUUUAUUUUGUAUUGGCACCGCAGUCUUCCUGCCCCUUGUGGAUGAAGGCCCUCCUCAAAUGCAUACCCAUUUUGUUUCUGUGCACAUACAUCUUGACCCGUGGAAUAAACAUGUGCACACAUUCCAAAGCUCAAAAGCUUAUUGCAGGCCUCCUAUUUUCAGCAGCAGGAGAUAUCUUCCGCACGACUUCUACGCAGCUGUAUCACUUCUAUGGAGACUCCAUGUUUGGCCUCACACAUGUUUUCUACAUCUGGAUGUUUGGUGCAGAACCUUUAAAUCUGCUGGCAGGCUUUUACCUGAUGGCUAUUGGCACCAUAUACUUACUGUUCCUCAACAGAUGCCUUUGGGAUCAAAAGCCCAUCCAGUGGACAACCUACAUCUACAUCAGCUUAAUUGGAACUAUGGCCUGGCGUGCUAGCGCUGGUGCACUCUUCAAUCAGCACUGGUCUUGGAUAAAAUUAUCUGGUACUAUUGGAGGAAUGCUUUUUAUGGUAUCUGAUUUUACCUAUGCUGUCAGCAUGUAUUGCUUUCCUGCGUCCAACUUUGGAUUGAUUGCAGCUACCUAUUAUGCAGCACAGAUGCUUAUCUCACUUUCGGCUGUAAACACUAAGAGUCAGGUUAUAAAAAAGUGAAAAGAAAGGAACUUGCCAUUGUCUUAAACUAAGAAGGGUUUUGCUGGCUGUGUGUAUGUCAUUCUGCACCUGAUAAGAUAUUGAGGUAAUGGCUCAUUGAAAAUAAAAGGUCAAUUAUUUUUAUUGAA